UUAAAAUACAAUCGAUGUUUUUCCAGUGGACCGUGUGUUAUGGUGAGUGAUUCAAGCAAGGGUGUGAAGCCCUACUGAAACAGUCCUCGUAUGGUAUUUGACCAUCUUCAUAAUGCAGAAUGCGUGAACAUUAUUAAUUAUUCAUAACCGAUGAAGCGGAAAAUUUUGACGUCCCCUCGCUUUGCAUAGCCCUAAAUUUUAGUUAGAGAUGAAUUGGCCAAAAUUGGCCCAGCAGGCCUCGUAAAACUCACUUUUCUGAGUUUUAUAAGUGCUUACUUGUAAAUCAACCCGCGGCUUGAAAAGGUUUGAAGUAACUUAGGGUAAAGUCAGAUGAAUAAUGUCAGCGUAAUUUUGGGUAUAAUGCAGCGUAUCGAGGUCAAUGCCGAGUGCCACAUGCAGACAACACUAUGGGUUUGAAGCCGUGUGACUCAGCUAUUUGAUACGCUAUUUUAACUCUUACAUUGUUUGUCAUUUGCAACGGUCGAUCUCGGUAAGACGCAAGUGAUCCCGAGAAAUGUUUCGUAAAUUCCGCAGAUCGUAACAUUUCAUCCCAAAAUCCGCUUAAUGACAGUCAGAUAAACACAAGUGUUUUUCCUUUGCCUUUGGAGGGGCGUCAGUUUGAGUCAGUGCAGAGUGGGAAACUAACCGUCACAAAACCUCGCAAAAUCACUCGAGACAACACGGAGGGUACAAGACGUGGCCCCCUGCUAAAAGAUAUUUCCACAGGACACAAAUUUAUUCCCCCUAUCUUACUUUAUUUUGUCUAGAAGUUCUUGGACCUCUGCAGAAUGUCAGCAACUGAAGAUGGAGGUGAACGUUCACCGUUAAUUUCAAAAGAUCAAUACGGCAAGAGCCAUUCAACUCGUGGAAAGACAAAUACCAAUUGCCUAGUUUCUCGGUCCGAUGGAGCUUUGAGUCGUCGGCAAAGAAUCCUAAAUGCAUUGUGCAUUCUUGUAACAGAGUCAUGUGAGCGCCUGACCUUCUAUGGAGCAUCUGCGAAUCUAGUAUUAUUUUCUAGGAAUGUCUUAAAGCUUGAGUCACCUUGGCCAUCAACAAUCACUUUUUUCUUCCAAGGUUAGUUUGUAGUGUUGUCAUGAGGUUGUCAUAGGCACAGAAUACUGGGGCCAGAAGCUCUGCCUAGCUGUACCGGAAAGUUUUGUAUGCGCGUUGGAGAGUCAAGCGUGGAAACGAAGAUUGAUUUAGACAGAAUACGUCUAAAGAAAAAAACUCGAGACCGACCUAGCGUAUCAUCGCCUAAAAAUGCACACAAAACCACCAAGCUACGUCGGCUACCGGGUAAUCCAAUCAAGUUAUUCACAGUUCUGUUCGGACCAAUCUUGAACAAAGUGGUAUAAGCUUUAAAAAUUGUUCUCGGCAGGAAGGAUCGUGGUAAAACAUAAAAGCAAGGCAAUAAAAAAAAAAGUUCACGGACGGAAAAUAUCUAAAACGCACACAUACACGCACACAGGGGAAUGCAAGAGAGAGGCAUUGAAAUUCAAAAUUCGAUUUCAGAGCGUUAAUUGUAUUCUUGUGUUUUGUCUGGAUUUGCUUAAGAAGAAGUAGAACUGUCAGUAUGGAAAGGCUGAACAACACUAUAAUUUUUUUAAUCGGUUUUAUUUUUAUAGGGACAUGUUACGUUACACCUUUGCUUGGAGGUUGGCUGGCGGAUGCUUACUUGGGUCGUUUCAACACUAUUUACGGAUGCUGUUUGUGGUAUUUGGUUGGGGUCAUGCUUCUUGCCACGGUAUCAAUUACUGAUGAUAUGCUGACUUCAGAAUUUGAUACAUUAGCGAGACUGGUGUAUUUUACUAUUGCCCUUGUGUUGAUAGCAUUUUGCGCGGGAGGAAUCAAGGCCAACGUAGCACCCUUUGGAGCAGAUCAGGUGAAACAGGAUGGUCCAAGGGCUGUUCAGACCUUCUAUAGCUGGUAUUACUGGUUUAUUAACACGGGAAGCUUAGUAGCAGUGACAGUGGUAGUGGGAAUCCAGCAAUCAAACAUUUUCUCUGGUUAUGUUAUAAAUGCUGGUUCAAUUAUCUUUGGUCUGGUUGCAUUUCUUGCCUGUCGUAAUAAGUACUUGGUCAAGCCACCGGUGGGUAGUCAACUGACUGAAAUUUUAAAAAUAACCCUCAAUGCCAUUAAAAAUCGGAAACAGAACACUGGUGGCUGGAUGGAUGGAGCAAAGAGCAGAUUUGGAGGAAAGUUUAAUCAUGCAAAGGUUGAAGAUGUCAAGGCAGUCUUGAAAGUACUUCCAGUGUUCAUUACUUUCAUCUUUUUCUUUACAAUUUACUUCCAGGUAAGGAUCAUAAAAACAGUAUUAGCCAAUACUAUCCAAGAAUGAGUGAGUUGGGUAAAAAUUCAUUAUAGAUGAUAAGAGUUGCCACACUCAACAUUUUUAAGUUUUUUCGUACCAUUUGAUUUGAUCGUUUUUUAGGGUAUUAUUGUAUUCGAAAAAGAACCGGGAAGCUUAUUUAAUUGUGUAACAAGAAGAGGAAAUGACGUCGAAUCAACGAGUAGAGAAGCCUUGACUGUACUCGGUUUUGUUAUAAAGUAUGCAGGAAGCUAUCAGAGCGUGGUUUACAGGGGGAACGGGGGAAUAGGCCGUUGCCAAUAGGGUAUUGAAGGGGGGAAUCAGUACAGAGUAUUGACUCCCAAUUACUUGCCAGUUAGGGAGGUGUGGACCAUAAGAAUAUUAUAGAGCCUUUUGGGAGGAUCAGGUGCAUUUUAUCGUGAUGCAACCCCCGACCCUCGACCCUCCGACCCUCCGACCCUCCGACCCUCCGACCUCCAACCCCCGAUCACAGACGAUAAAUAGUGACUGGUAUAGUUAUUUUGCAUAUCAUCCAAUUUUACUUGUGUAUUGUCAAGGAAAAGAUCGAUCCCCUAUCGCAGCACGUAAUCAUGAUGUUGUAGAUCAUACUCUGCAGGUGUUAUUGUGUAAAUCAAAUUUAUUCACACCAUGGAGAAAGACAAUGUUAAAGAAAUCAUUCUACAGUUGUAAAUUAAAUAAAAGGAGUUGUUCUCAUUUACUUUUCCGCUUUAUACACUAACGAUUUUAAUUCCAUCCUGUUCUUUUCUCUCCUUUUUCAGAUCAGCACUUCGUGCCUUAUUCAAGGUGCUUACAUGAACCUAAAAUUGCAAAAUUUGACCAUACCAGCGACGUCGUCAGUGGCUGUUACUGUUGUCUUCGUUCUUGGACUAACUCCUCUUCUAGAACACGUUGUCUAUCCUCUCAUGGAACGCACGGGCAUUAAGCUGACUCCCUUACGGCGCAUUGGUGCCGGCUUUCUGUCAUCAGCAGCAUCUAUGGUUGUUGCUGGUCUGGUUGAAAUGAAGCGACGAGAAGUAUGGCUAGAUGGUCAUAUCUGCACACAGGAAGUUUUAGGGGAAAUUCACAACGCUUCUUGUCUCAGCAUUUUCUGGCAAACACCUCAGUUCAUGUUGAUUGGAACCAGUGAAGUGCUUGCAACUAUUGCGGGUAUGAGAUUUUUGAUGAUAUCAGUGCCUUGUUGUGAUGUUGAACAAAUCUAAAGAUUUUCACGAAAAUUUGAUUGAAGUAUGAAAGACAUGAUUAAGUGGGGAGAUAAUCCUGCUGGUUUAUGUAUAAUUAAGGCGGCGACUUAAUGGGUGAAGUAAAGGGAACAAAAAUCUUAAAGUAGAGACCAAAGUAAAGCAGAAUGCUUUUUGAACUCAGUACAAUAUUUCGGCUUUUCAAGCAGUCUUCUUCUGAAAAAGAUCAAUAGAAUUCGCAUUGGAGGGGCUGGAGAGUUGCGUUUUGUAGGGAUGUUUUUGUAAUAUACCAAAAAAUAUAAGUUAAUGUAAUGUGAUAUACAAUGUGUAUAAUCAAAGACGAAUUAAAGGACCAAAAUUAUUAGAAGGAGGGGAAACAAAGAAAUAACUUCGUUCUUAGAGUGAAAGUCAUCAGAAGAUAAGAAACAUUUUGUGACUAUGAAGGAACUAACUCUCCAUGAUACGUCAGUGUUCACUAAGUCAGUCUCCAAUUAUUAUCACAUUGUCGGGCAUUGUGGCGCAUUUUGGGGGCUAAUUUGGUGAAUUAGGUUCUUAGCGCGCUGAGAUAAACCCAUGAAAAGUGAGAAUCAAACAAUCGUACAGUCAAUUAACAUCGAGAAGCCAUUGCUACGUUAGCGCCGUUUUCCUGCAGCCUUGGUGAAAGAAAUAAAAGCAAAUUUGUGCAUGAAAGCAUGAAAACGAACAAAGAUUGAUAUCCUAUGGAAAGAAGUGCUCAGCAGCAGUGAAAUAUGCUUGUUCGAACAUUCAAAGUCGUCCGUUUCUUUCAAGAGAAGCUUCUGUAAAUUACGCCGCUUGAAGAAGUUCUGUGGUCGUCGGCGAAGUGCACGUAGGUUUGGCGGCUUCAAGCCAAACACGCUUAGUUGAACCAAUUGUGCCAAACUGUCAAUUUAACGAUACUUGUACAGUUAAUUUCGACACCGACAUUUAUGGAAUUUUCCUAUCGUAUGUUUUGAAACUCAAAUGGCGAGAUUUUGAUAUUUCUCACCAGCUUCGCUCGAUGGUGUAUUAACAAAGCCAGAGAUGCUCGCAUCAUUUUUCAGAUUUUUUUUGUUAUCAUAUGUUUGGUUCUUAUGUUUUUAAUUCCCUCCGAAGUGGGAAUUGUUAUGUCCAGGGGCCGUUCCUAAAGCACGAAUUAACCCUUUCCGAGCGACUCGGGCCAAAAUUAGUCUGAGUCGGUCCUAAAACGUAUUUAUGUCCGCCAUGAUAAAUGUUAUUAUUUGUACUAUCUAAAGACUUUGCAAUCUCCUCCAUGUGGUAUAAAUUAUAAUCUUUUGAAAUGCGCAGUUAACCUUCAAACUUGUUUAUAUAUUUUUUUUUGAAGGACUUGAGUUUGCAUACUCACAGGCUCCCGAGUACCUUAAGGGAGUGAUCAUGGGUGUGUUCCUCGCAGCCACCGGUGUUGGUGGUUACCUUGCAAAUCUUCUAGUUGCUGUUGUCAACAGCGAUUGGUACCCUGAGAAGGAUCCUAACCAAGGCCACAUGGAGUACUUCUUCUUCCUGUUGUCUGGUUUGAUGAUGCUAAAUUUUUUGUUAUUCCUAUACAUUGCGUCUUCAUACAAGUACAAAGUAUCGGCUCAGCUAGGUGACGAGAGUGAGAAAGAACAGCUUGAGCAUGAACUAACUGUUAGUACUCAAUCUAUGCGAUGCUGAUCGCUUUAUGUCUGCAUGCCUCAGCUGAGCUAAGGGGCAGAGUAGUUAGUUUUGUCUGUAUUUCCGCAUUGUUCACCGAACGAACCUUUCCGAAUAAAGCGCCAACGGGAAGCGAAGCUUCCCAUGCGAGGGGUGAGAAAAAGAAUAGGUAAUAGCACUAAAAGUCUUUCUAAAGAACUGUAAGUGGAUUUUUGUCACUUGAUGAAGAUUUCAAGAGACGCAUCUGUCUGAUAGCCAAUCAACAGGACUGCUAUUACGCGAUAAAUUCACUGGUAAUACAGUCAAAGGCAAUUCCUCAUCUCCACGUGGCCGCAGAUUCUGCAUGAUCUGCAUCCCUAAAUGUAAGAAGGUUUAAAUAGAAAAGUGAUAGUGUGAAUUUACUUAAUCUAUCGCAAAAAGUCUACGCAGACCGAGUGGACUCGUAUUACUUUUUUUCAGUGAUAAAGGCUAAUUACUCAUUAUGUGUUUGAAAGUAAUUAAUUUGGCUGAAGGUUCAAUUUGUAAGGAUAAGGGUUUAGUCAAAACAUUAAUAUUAAUUAGGAUAAACAUACAAAAAUCAAUAGUUAGAUAAAGUUCAGUUUUAGCACCUGAAACAAGAAGUAUGCAUCUAAGAUAAGUACAUCCACAUGUUUGUCGACCAUUGUUAGUAUUUCAGUUUUGUAACAUAAAACCCAUACAUAUAUAAUUUCACUACUGCCUUGGUAGAGUUCAUUACUGCGAAAAUAGCUUUCAUAUCCAUUCCAUAAACCGCAGUUCCAUGAUAUAUGAUUUUCAUACAUUCACAGCCAUCGGUUCAUCACUUCACGGGUUUACGACGAACCAACAUAAUGACGGCGACAAUAAUGGCUUGUGAAUUCAGUUGAUUAUGCACUGGUAUCGCAUAGGUAAUGGGUUCAGAUCCCGUACUGGCCUGAAUUUUUUUCAGGCCUUACUCUCACUACUGCUUAAGCAGUGGUCAUUACUGCGAAGGUCGCUUUCAUAUUCAUUCCUGUACGAAACUAGGUUAGAAAAAUCCUUUUUCUUUUCAGGGAAGUAUUUAACGAAAUUACCGCAGAUGGGUGAGGUUUUUCAUCUAUUCAUCUAGACGUCCAUCCAUACAGUUUUCUUUUUUGCCUUGCUUCUGGAAACUUAGAUAUCAGUAUGUCAAGAUUUCGACCCAUUACAAUUUUGCCUCUAUGUCUACGAGUUCGCCCUAUUAAAAACAAAAACUUCGCCCCGGCGUUGCCAAUUCGCCUGCGAAUUUUUGAACUUGUUUCCAUGAGGCAGAACGUGUUCAGUUUCCAACUUAUACAGAUCUUUACCAAGACGGUCAAACUGUCAAAAUUUUAUUCAAACUCCAUAUUUGAGCAUGGUUUGUGAUUAAAACUGGCCUAUUUUAUACAUUUAACCCUUUAACUCCCACGAUCUGAUUGUUAAUUCUCCCCUCUAGCUGCUACGCAUUUCCUUGUAAAUUAGUUAUGAGAAUUUGGUGUUAGAUCAAGAUGAAAACUUUAACCUGAUAAGUCUGAGUAUUCUCAUUACCUUUUUGCGGAAUAAUGUAUGAAUAUUAUGAGGAGAAGUUAUGUGUUAGUCACUUCUGGGAGUUAAAGGGUGCAAUGGUAAUUUCAUGGUGGAAGCACUGACUUCUUCUUUGUCUCCGCCAAAGCCAUAUCCUGAUCAGCAAUGAUGAGCGUGGGUAGUAAAAGCUUAAGAAGUUUUGCCCCUUUCUCGUAAAGGCUAGACCUCUGAGCGAAGCAAUAUAAGCCUUCCUACUACUGCUACCUUUUUAUAUAUAUAUAUAAAUUAGCCUACAAGAAUGUUUUUCAUUAAGUCUGUCUGACGAGAGCGUAAGUACGAAACUUAGAGUUACAGGGAAUCAUGCGUGUUUCGUUUUAGUCAUUUUGAACUUUACUACUAUUUCCCACAGUUAAGCCUUCCUACUAUAAUCAUAACUAUUAUAGUUUCCUCAAAUGUGAUUGGUGCAUUAGCUGCUUUAUUUUUCACUAAUCAUUCUGCUCAGUUGUAAUCGGACAGUGUAAUCGUACAGUUGGCUGUAAUCCUACACCUGUAAUCGGAACGGUUUUCCGAGAGCGAAGUUUGAGAAAGACUGUAAGCUUUGAGGAACAUACCUAGAACAAAUAUAGCAUGCUUCUGGUGAAAACAGAGUUUAUUGCGUUUUCUAUCCUUCAAAUAUUUUGCAACGUGUGUGAAGAAAAAAAUGUUUUGGUAGUGUUUGCUGCAAGGCGUGUUUUCUUUUCAGUUUUCUCUGGCACGACUAUAUGAACAAACAAAUAUUUCCCUUCUUGACGAGAACCAUCAAAUGUUCUCUCAUAUUGAAUUAAAUUUUAAACGAAGAGCAACCGUA